AUGCAAGACAAUGAUGAGAAUAACACACAUCACGAAUCGACCACGACGGACGAAAAUUCAAAAUCGGAAAUGAAUGAGGAUUCUAAAAAUCAACAAUCAAGUGCACUGGAUGAAUUAUUUUCAUCAUCAUCCGAAGAUGAAGAGAGCAAGCCUACCACUCUUGAAAAUUCUUUUGGAUCUAAAGAUCAAGAAGAUGACUAUAUGAAUGAUAAAUUUUUACAAUUAACAUCGGAACAAGAUGAUUCCUCUACAAGUAGUAGCAAUCAAAAACAACACACUAAACUUUCGUUCUAUAAUGCUCCUCCAGAUUUGUUGAAACAAUACAAUAUUGCAAAAAAGGAAAAGCAACACAAAAAAGCUCAUCAUUUGAAAAAACAAAUACGAGAAUUUGGAUUAAAAGAGAACAUGUUGGAGAAGGCCAAAAUAUCUCUUUCUCAAAAUUUAAUUAAAAAGGAAGAAGAAAAGAGUGAAUCUUCACAGUCGGUUGGAUUAAAAUUGUUGAAAAAGAUGGGCUAUGAAGCAGGACAAGGUCUUGGAAAGAAUAAUCAAGGCUUGAUAAAUCCGCUCUCAAUUGAUCGACAAUUGGAUGAUUUAAUUCAAUCAAGUGCAUUGGGAAAGUCAAAGAUUUUACCAAAGAUUGGCUCCAACUACGAAGAAUUACAGAAAAAAGAACAAAUUGAGCAAUUCAAACAGGAAAUGAAAGAAAAAUCAGUAGCCCAGCAACAUCAGUCAUUAACACCUGAGGAGUUUCAAAGAAGAAUGAAAGAAAUUCAUGAUGAACAAAAGAAGAAGAGAAAGUUGAGAAUGGCAUUGCAACCAAGUAAUGAUGUAGAAGAGAAUCCUUUAAAGAAACAGAAAGAAGAGGAAAAUUGGGACGAGUUUGAUGAUUUUUAA